GCCGGUCGCACGGAAGUGAUUUUGUUUCGGUGGCUGCCCACAAUAGUAUGUGAGAAAUGAGAGCUGCUACGUAUUUAAAUUGUAGGUAGCUCUCUUAAAAGCAUUUUGCAUUUAAUUAAUAAUAUUUUGUUAUUUCUUAGUAUUAUUUUGAUAUCGCUUGAACCAAACGAAGGAUAGCUAGCUAGCUCUUUAGCUAGCUUCACUAACGCAAGCAGCCAUGCCGUCCUAUUCUGAAUUGAGGAAAACCAACCACUUCUACUACUUCAUCAAAUUCACCUUAAAUAUCUACUCAAUGGUUUUCUCGCUGAUGGGUCUUUGUGUGCUGUGUGUGGGGGUGUAUGCUGAAGUGGAAAGGCAGAAGAAUCGAACCCUGGAGGGCCUUUUCCUGGCUCCCGCUGUGGUGCUCAUCCUGCUGGGCCUGGUGAUGUUCACAGUGUCGGUGGUGGGAAUGGUUGGAUCCCUCAGGGACAACAAGACCCUGCUGCACAUGUUCCUCUGUGUUCUCUGUGUGUUGCUGCUUCUCCAGGCAAUCGCGCUCACCACGGCUCUCAUCUUUGAGAAGAAGACAUCUGCCUUGUUUCAGAGCAGCAUACGAGAAGGAAUUAAACACUACUACGAUGAUCUGGACUUCAAAAACAUCUUGGACUACGUGCAACAGAAGUUUUCAUGUUGUGGCGGUGAUGAGUACAAAGACUGGGGGGUCAACCAGUACCAUUUCUGCAAUGGUACCGGUCCACUAGCCUGUGGGGUUCCAUACACCUGUUGUGUUCGCCGCAAGGUGGGAGAGGUCAUCAACACUCUCUGUGGUUACAAGACUCUGGAUCAACAGCGUGAAACCCUGCAUGAGGUGAUCCAUGUGCGAGGCUGCAUCCAUGCAGUCAACCUCUGGAUGAGUGACAACAUUGGAAUAACCAUUGCACUCUGCUGUGCCAUUGGGCUGCCACAGCUGCUGGGCAUCAUCCUGAGCUGCGUCUUCUGGAACCUGCUGGUGGACAUGAGCGAGUCGGCUGACAUGGUGGACUUCAAGCUGAAGAAGGCUGAGUUUGAGUACAGCGACCUGGACCUGGCUGGCGCCGGCUGGUGUAUGUGCCUGCCGCGGGAUGGCGGCUACCUGCCCGUCCCCGCCGCUGAGCCCGAACUCGACCCCAUUGACAUUCACCUGGAGAAGCUCAAGAAGCAGCAGCCUCGAACACACUCUCAGCUCCGAGAACUGCAGCAGUCCAGAUCGGCCACUGGGCUGGACGAAGUAGACGUUGGCCGGAAGCAGAAAAGGGAACACUGAGUGGUCUUUCUGCCCUUUCUUGCCUUUUGGGUUUUUUGCCUUUUUUCUGUCGUUGUGUUCAUUGCAUUUGUUGGAGUUGUGUUGCACUACUUAAUGGUUGAACAUGGCAGUCAAUGGAUCAAGAGAAAUUUGGUCAGCUAAAGGGAUCAGUGGUACUUUGGCACUUUGUUGAUGAAUUUGUUUACAACAAAAAAUUUUUGAAGGAACAACAUGCAACAUUGGCUUUUAUAAAAAAGUUUCAUUUGUCUUGUUUGUGACAGUUCAUAUUCAAAAAUUAAUGGCAUUAUGUCACAUUUUAUUUUUUUUAGCCUUUGAAAUUGAGCAAUGUCUCAUGUGCUAAAGCUUACCUCAGGCUGUUUUGAAAAUAGCCCAGUAGUCAGAGGACAGUACUAUUUGGUGUGUAAAUUAAUGGUAGCUUGACAAGAAGUUUUUCAGUGUCGGAGAUAUAGGAAUAGUCGAGUAUGUCUUGCGUGUAGCGUCUGUGACGGAUGUAUACAGUUUGUGUAUUAUUUGUUUUUAUUAUGUUUUCAAUUUUAAUUUUGCGCAAUCAGUGUACAUUGUAAGACUGAUAGUUGUGGAAUAACAUGGGAUGCAUGUUUUGUACUGUAUAUGAAGUUAAAAUUAAAAAAAAUGGUUUACAUAUUAGGCUCUCAUCAGGGGGACUUCAGUCUAUUCCAUUUUUAAACUAAACUUUUUAUUCCUUCCAUCUUUUAAAGAAACAACUAAAGGGAUUAUCUAGACUACAAAUUCAGUAAAAAGCUACUCUGACGGUUUUUUGUAUCUGAGUUAUGCACUCUUUUGAGCUUCCCCCAAGCUCCUGCCUUGUAUCAGCACUACUGUUCUUGUCAAUAAAGCUGAAUUUGUCUACUGA